AUGCGGCCGGGCUCGGCCCCCGCGGCGGCGCUGACGGACGUGGUAAUUCUAGAAGCCAUGAACAUACUCUUUAGAAUAAGAGGAGGCUUGGAUCUUGCAUUUCAACUAGCAACUACUGAUGAGGCAUCAACAAAAAAGGCAUUAGGAUAUGUUUUCAGUGAUCUUGCAAACAAACUGUCCUCAGAUGUUCUAGUAUUAAGAAUUUGCCACAGUUCAGUCUAUGUGUGGCCUAACAAUGGUAUGAACACUGUUCCAGAGCUGACUGAUGAUUCUCCUUGCAAGGAGAUAAGACGAUUCAUACAGUUUGAUCAAGAUGAUGAGACCAAACGAAAGCUUGGGAAGAAAAAGGAUAAAAAGCUACAAGAUACGCAGCAGAUAGUCAAUAUAGACCUCAUGUUGGAAAUGACAUCUUCGUUAGCUGCUUUGGCUCCAGUCAUUGAAAGGGACAAUAAGGAACACCACUACAUAAAUAUGACAUUGCCUGUUGAUGUUGUUGUAUCUGUUUCUCCAGAGGAAACAUGGGGCAAGGUACAAAAUCUCCUGGUGAAAGCAAUUCACAGGCAAUUAACUGACAUGGAAAGGUGUAUCAUGAAAUACAUGAAGGGAACAUCAAUUGUGGUACCAGAACAAUUUCAUUUCAUGUUGCCAGGAAAUAAUCACCUUGUCACAAUCUCGUAUCCUACAGGUAUUUCAGAUGAUCAGCUGGAAAGUUACAGAAAGGAAUUGCAUGGAUUGUUCAAUCUGCCCUGUGACAGACCAUACUUCAAGAGAGCAAAUGCUUAUCAUUUUCCAGAUGAACCAUAUAAAGAUGGAUAUCUCAGAAACCCACAUUUACAUCUUAGUUCACCUGGUGCAGAGUCUGGCAUGGUUUAUUUAGUACAUGGUGUGUAUAGCUACCACCACUAUAUGCAGGAUCGGAUUGAUGACAGCGGCUGGGGCUGUGCCUAUCGGUCUUUGCAGACCAUCUGUUCAUGGUUCAGGCAGCAAGGUUACGUUGAUGCACCUAUACCAACACACAAGGAAAUUCAACAGGCACUGGUUGAUGCUGGAGACAAGCCUGCAGCGUUUGUUGGGUCACGGCAAUGGAUUGGUUCAAUUGAGGUGCAGCUUGUUUUGAAUCAGCUUUUUGGAAUAACUUCAAAAAUACUAUUUGUCAGCCAGGGUUCUGAACUAGCAUUGCAGGGAAGAGAGCUUGCUAAUCAUUUCAAGACUGAAGGAACUCCAAUUAUGAUUGGUGGAGGUGUUUUGGCUCACACAAUAUUAGGAGUGGCUUGGAAUGAGAUUACAGGACACAUAAAAUACUUGAUUCUAGACCCACAUUAUACUGGAGGAGAAGAUCUGCACGUUAUUUUGGAAAAGGGCUGGUGUGGAUGGAAGGGCCCAGAGUUUUGGAACAAGGACGCCUAUUACAAUCUCUGCCUACCUCAACGACCCAAAACCAUUUAAAUUCCCCUCUUAUGCUAGAACAUGCUAAGCCAGAAUACUAGCUGAUCUAGAUACUACUGUCAUGUUAUUUAUCAAAAUAAUGCUUUAAGUCAAUCAGAACCCAGCAGAAGCAGAACUGCUGCUUGAGAGAUUUAAAUUAAGAAUUAUUUUUUUGAAAUUAAACCCCUAGAAGUAGGAGUUGUCUGCUGUGAACUGUACUUCUUACUUUUAUUAAGUAGCUAAAGAUCUCUCCUUUUGGCUACAGCAACUUGUAUGUUUAUACAGCAGUUUUUGUUAAAGUCUUACAGGCUAAAUGCCCAAUACUUUUAUGGAAUUCUCCCUUGUGAAAAAAAGAUGAACUGUCCUUUACCUUUCAGGUUGCUUUUAGCCAGCUCUCUUGUGCUCUAUGAAUCUGUUCAAAGCUCCUGGGACUGCUGAUAACAGCAUUUUAGAUGCUGACUGGGAUUAAAGUGGCUAUGU